AUGACAAGCUUGCGAGAGAGCAAUGCCUCGACAUCUCUCCUUGCCUCGCCGGAGGAGCAUUUGAUUAACCGGGAGGAACCUAUCCCACUUGACACAUUGCAACUUUCCAAGAAGCCUUCCAUCGUGGACAAAAAGGCAUACCAACUGGUCAACGAAUGCGAUACCCCGGACUGUGAAGCAGCGACAGAUGACGAUCCAAAGUAUUCUCCAUCACCCCCACCACUGCCACCGACCAAGAAAAAAUGGAUUACCGGGUUGCUGCUUUGCGCUUUGGGAGUAGCACUAGCGCUACUCGUCCAUGUUAUUCUCACAGUCAAACUGGCCGCAAAAGCUGCUUCUGGUGGCUAUGGAUGGGGUUCCUCGUCAGCUGUUAUCUAUCAAGGCACAUGCCAUCAGGCAAACCAAAUCGCGACCGGCCUCCACAUUCUUAUCAACAUUAUUGUUUUGACGUUGACCGCCACAAGCAGCUACUGUAAUCAAGUCCUGGCCGCACCGUCGCGCGCAAGAAUCGAUAUUGCCCACGCUCAACGGGUGUGGGUAUCGAUUGGAUCCUCCAGUUUUACCAACGUCUGGUACGCGCCCCUGUGGCGUAAGACACUAUGGCUGUUGAUUCUUGGGACCUCUUUGCCAGUCCAGAUGAUAUACAACUCCUUCAUAUACGUAUCAAUCAACGCUAAUGACUUCGGACUUGUUAUUGCACCCAUGGCCUUUGGGAAUAACUACACCGACGUGUCUGGUUUUGAUGUCCCUUCCAACUUCCAGGAGAUAGUUGGCAUGAACGCGAGCAGCCUAUAUGAUGAUAUCAUAUCGGGGAAGCUCGAGAAAAUGAGUAAUGCCACUUGUAUGGAAGCCUACCAUGGCGCUUAUCAAACCGCCCGGUCCACAGUCGUCCUUUUGACUCCCGAUCUUUCCUCAAACCUAACGGCCUGGUCAUGUCAGGUAGGACUGGGCUCCGGCAGAGUCUCCACCAACGGGACCUACAAGGGUGGCGAAUUGAGUUGUGCGAUGGAUGAAUACAAGGGUAACUAUACAAUCUCACCAACGACUAAUAACAUCGACCAGGCUGUGGUCCAUACUUGCCUCAGUCGACCGAUUACGCCAACUUGUGAGCUUGGAUGCAGUCUGCCUAUUGGGUUGGUGGUCAUGGGCUGUAUUGCAUUGAAGCUUUUAUGCAUGCUCGUCACUGCUCUCGAGCGCCGAUCCGAGAUUUUCUUGACAGUUGGCGAUGCCCUCAAGUCGUUUCUGACAUGCCCCGAUCCUUACACAGCCAACAACUGCCUCAUGGCCCGAGUGAAUAAAGGACAACCAAAAGCAUUGCAUAGCUUCAAUGACUACCCCUGGGUAUCUAUAUUCUCCCGCGCCGUGCCAUUCCGCUUGGGACAGAGCCCGCCUCCACAGCCAAAAAGGGUCCGCACGGUCCGACAGAGAUGGUCAGCUGCCCUGCCACGUCGACUAUUUGCUUUCCUUCUAUUUUUCAAAAUUGCCCUCCUUGCCAUGGCCGGCCUUGCCUUGGACUAUAAUACCUCUAUGCUCGGCAGUGACCCGGGAGUAGAUCUGAAUGCAGAUGGCAUGUCAUCAUGGGAACAGAAACUCACUUCGUUUUACCAUACCCAGUUCUACCAAAUGGGCUACCUGGGAUUCAUUGCUACAGUGUUGGCUGUAAAUGUUCCGCAGGUUGUGAUCACGAUAGUCUAUGCGGUCUACAACAAUACUCUGACUCGAAUGCUUCUUGCCGCCGAAUACAACGAUUUCGGUGUCGAACGCAAGCCCCUUCGAGUCUCAUUUCCCACUGGAGAACAACGCUCAACAUACUAUCUCUCUGUACCAUACCGGUAUAGUGUGCCAUUUCUGAUCCUAUCCACUCUUGCCCAUUGGCUUGCCUCUGAGGCCUUGUCAUUCGUGCAAAUCAUUCCCCGGGAUAUUCAGGGUAAUCUGGAUCGCAGUCGAGCCUUACAUGGGGUGGGUGCGUCGUCUGUUGGUCUGAGAAUUAUGGUUAUACCCUGGCUCAUUGUAGUUGUGAGCUUUCUCAUUCUGAUGUUUCGGAGGUUCAAAUCGGCCGCCAUGCCGAUUGCAAUGAACUGUAGUGCAGCCAUCAGUGCCGCUUGCCACCCGCCGCCAGACGACAUCAAUCCUGCGGAAAAGCCUGUGAUGUGGGGACAGGCUGAUAUGGAAAUUGCGAAUCUUCGUACAUUCCUUGGUCCUGGCGUAGCGGAGAUCGAGACAAAAUGCCGCCAUACUACCUUCACGUCGAAAGACGUUGUUGAGCCAAGUCCUGAAUUUUUAUACUACUAG